AUCAAAUUUCAUCUCAUACCCUUUGUUAUUGCAAUCUAUAUUACUAUUUCUUUAUAUUUAUAUAGUCUCACACUCAGUUCCAAUGCUAUUAAAGUAGUAAUGUCUGUGUAGCUGAAUUGCUUUGCUUCUUUCUAUCCAAUUUGUUUCUCAGUUUGCAGCAUUAGCAUGAGUAUGGAUCCAGUUCGUGAGUGGAUACUUUCUGAAGGGAAAGCCACAAAGAUAACCAAGAUUAGUCCUGUUGGUGGUGGUUGCAUAAACCUUGCCAGUCGCUAUGACACUGAUUCUGGUUCUUUUUUUGUUAAAACAAACAGGAGUAUUGGACCAUCAAUGUUUGAAGCAGAGGCUCUUGGUUUAGGGGCUAUGUAUGAAACCGGGACAAUCCGUGUGCCUAGGCCGUAUAAGGUUGGAGAGCUUCCCACUGGUGGUUCCUACAUCAUUAUGGAAUUCAUAGAAUUCGGCGCUUCCAGAGGCAAUCAAUCUGUUCUAGGGAGGAAACUUGCUGAGAUGCAUAAAGCCGGAAAAUCUAGCAAAGGCUUUGGUUUUGAUGUCGAUAACACCAUUGGCAGUACUCCACAAAUAAACACGUGGUCAUCGGAUUGGAUUCAAUUUUAUGGAGAGCAUAGAUUGGGUUACCAGUUGAAGCUAGCAUCGAGACAAUAUGGCGACAGUCUCAUUUAUGAAAGAGGACAAAGACUGGUGAAAAGCAUAGGAAAACUAUUUGAAAAUGUGGCGAUAGAACCAUGCUUACUACACGGAGACUUAUGGAGCGGAAACAUCAGCUCUGACAAAAAUGGAGAGCCUGUCAUAUUGGAUCCAGCGUGCUACUAUGGACACAGUGAGGCAGAAUUCGGAAUGUCUUGGUGUGCCGGCUUUGGAGCAUCAUUCUAUAAUUCAUAUUUUGAGGUGAUGCCUAAACAGCCAGGUUUUGAGGAGAGAAGAGACCUAUAUAUGUUGUAUCAUUAUUUAAAUCACUAUAAUCUCUUUGGUUCUGGAUACAGAUCAUCAGCUAUGUCCAUAAUUGAUGAUUAUCUUGCACUUUUAAAAGCUUAGGAUUGCUUGCAUAAUUGUCAAGGAUGAUUUGUGAAUAUAAGAUCCUUUUUUCUUGUACAUUUCACUACUUA